GAUGGACUUCUAAGAUUUUAUAGAAAAAGUGGGACGACACUAAUUGCAAAGGAACUUCCUCCCCGUGUUAGAAACGUAAUACGCAUCUCCCUGCUUAUAAAAACCCGCUUUCCCUUCUUCAUUACUCCAUCUUACCACCAUCACUCAAUCUUACCAUUCAACUUUUUGUAGGUGAAAUAAUCUGAAUUCUUGCCAUGGACAAAUUAUUCUCUGCUAUACUCUGCUUGUUUGCAUUUACAUGCUGUUUCCCUCAUAUGAUAAGCUGCAAUAUCUCAUGCCUCCCUCAUGAAAGAGAUGCUCUUCUUUCUUUCAAGAAUGAAUUGCAUCAUCCAUUUCUAUGGCAGGGCUUUAAUUGCUGCGACUGGAGGGGAGUGGAGUGCAGCUCCCACACCUCCAAUGUUAUCAAACUCCAUCUUGCCAAUCCCUCAGAGAGUGUGGAAGAUUACUGGUCUAGUGAGGGAAAUGGCAGGCUUACUACAGAUCUGUUCCAAUUAAAACAGCUGCAGCAUUUAGAUCUAAGCUUCAAUCAUUUGACUGGUGUUCUGCCCAAAGGUCUAUUUGCCCUUCAAGAAUUGAGACAUCUAGAUUUGAGCUUCAACCAUUUUGAGGGUGAAAUACCAAAUCAUUUUGUCUCAUUGCACAAGUUGGCUUAUCUCAACUUGUCCAUGGCUGGGUUCAAUGGUACAAUUCCAUAUCAAUUGGGGAAUCUUUCUCAGUUGGCAUUUUUGGACCUAUCUCGUACAUAUGUGUCUGAAUUUAGAAUAAGGUACUUUUUUGGACCUAUCUCAUACAGUCCUAGUUUGGUGUGGACAGAAAAGCUGCGAAAAUUAAAAUACUUGUCUCUGAGCGGAGUAGUGCUGAAUAUGACAGGAAAGCAAUUGGAAGGACCCCUUUCUCAUCUCCACAAUCUCCAACACCUCCACCUUGAAGAUUGCAUGCUUUCAGGCCACAUUCCCAAUGCUAUCCAAAACCUCACCUUCCUCUCCCACCUUGAAUUGGGUCACAACAACUUUGAAGGGUCAAUGCCUUUGUGGUUAGGAAAUAUGACGAGGUUGGUUUCCCUUUCAUUCUUUGGCUCUCAAUUAAAUGGUUCAUUCCCCCUAAGUCUCUCUCAUCUGCCUACUUUAAAAGAGCUCAAUUUGGGGGGGAACAAGUUAUUAAGUGGAAAUCUAAGCCAAAUACUAUGCGGGGAUUGGUCUCAGCUCACUGUAUUUAUUCUCUAUGAGUCCAGUGUAAUAGGAAGUAUCCCAUCUUGUAUUGCAAACAUUUCCACCAUCGUAACUCUUGAUUUAGGAUCUAUUAAAAAAAUGGGAGGCUUUAUACCUUCUGUCAUUGGCAAUCUCUCCAAUUUACAAAAUCUGAAUCUUGGUGGUAAUUUAUUGGAAGGAGAGAUUCCAUCAUCACUUGGUGAAAUGUCAUCUCUGACUAUUUUGUUUCUAUUUGACAAUAUGUUGAGUGGAAAUAUCCCUUUUCAGUUAGGGAAACUAUCAUCUUUAGAAUAUCUGUGGCUUGAUGACAAUCAAUUAAAUGGUAGCAUCCCAAAUUCAUUCAUGAAUCUUUCUAGUAUUGAAGAAAUUAAUCUAUUUUCAAACAACCUUCAAGGUAAUCUUUUUCUUAGUUUUUUUCAAAAUUUGACCACGAUUUCUACACUUGAUCUGUCUAAUAAUGAGUUGACUGUCAUUAUUGAAUCAGAUUGGAUACCCACAAUAUACUUUGAAGAUUUGAAUUUAGCUUCAUGUAAUAUUAGUGGUAUCAUUCCACCAUUCAUUUCUACACAGUAUAGAUUAACCAAUUUGGAUCUCUCCAACAAUAGUAUGUUUGGGAAUAUUCCAGAUUGGUUAGGGAUGCUUCCUAAUCUAUAUAAUCUUAACUUGUCACACAAUAUCUUGGAAGGUCUUGUUCCCUAUAGCUUCAAUAUAAGUAAUUUUAACCUAUUGGACUUACAUAGUAAUAAAUUACAAGGUCCUCUUCCAAUUUCUUCAAUGUCAUUGGGUUUGCAGUUGUUGGACAUAUCUCAGAAUGAAUUCAAAGGGUCCAUUGCAGUGGAUAUCGGCAAUCUUCUACCAAACAUUCAGUUUUUGUCAUUUUCAGCAAAUGAUCUAAGUGGCGAGAUACCUUCUUCAAUUGGUCUUCUACAACAGAUGGAGGUUUUGGAUCUCUCAAAGAACAAAUUAUCUGGUAAAAUACCAUCAAGCAUAACUAAUUGCUCUGUGCUCAAAAGACUAAACCUAGCAAAUAUAGGUUUAAUAGGAGAGAUACCAUAUAAUAUAGGAAUGCUAAGCAGUCUUGGUUCACUUCAUCUCAAUGGAAAUAUGUUGAAGGGAAACUUGCCAUCAAGUCUUAAGAACUGUUCUAGUUUGCAAAUUUUAGACUUGGCUGACAAUCUCUUUUAUGGAAACAUACCACUUUGGUUGGGCCAGUUCUCUGAGUUGAUGAUACUUGUUUUGAGGUCAAAUAAAUUUGAAGGACACAUUCCACAUCAAUUAAGCAAUCUAUCAAGUCUUCAUGUUUUAGACAUUUCUCACAAUAGUUUGAUUGGUGGUAUACCACCACAAUUAGCAACAUUGAUAAGUAUGAGAAAUUCUACAUUGGGAAUCUCACAUGGCAAUGGUGGUAGCUCCUAUUAUUAUUAUAAAGAAGGGAUCCAAGUGUUCAACAAAGGAUUAAAAAUGGAGUAUGUAAGUUCAGUGAUGUUAUUGAUAACUUGCAUUGAUCUAUCUUCAAAUAAGCUAUCAGGUAACAUUCCUCCAGCAAUUGGAAAUCUUAAAGGUCUUCACACAUUGAACUUGUCAGAUAAUAGGCUUACAGGAGAGAUUCCAAGCAACUUUGGAAUGCUUAAAGAGUUAGAGUCACUUGAUCUUUCAAACAAUAAAUUGCAUGGUAAGAUUCCAAAUGAAAUGCUACAAGUUUUCUCUUUGAGCUUUUUCAUUGUAUCUAACAACACGCUGUGUGGGAAAAUUCCAGAAGGAAACCAAUUUAAUACAUUCAAUUCUACUUUUUUUUCUGGGAAUCCUUAUCUUUGUGGAUUCCCAAUUAAUAACAAAUCAUGCAGAUGUGGAGAGAGAUCAAGUUCUAACAUGCCAACUCCUCUUCCCGAGAAAGAAGAUGAUGGAGUAGAAAUUCCAUGGCAUUGGUAUGUUGAGUGGAUGGCAAGUGCUGCUGUUGGAUUUUGGGGAGUAUUUGGAAUUUUGGCUAUAAAAAGGCAAUGGAGGAGAAAGUUCAUUCAAGUCUUAGAUGAGAUGGUGAUUAAUUUAUUGAAUGGAUUGAUAAAUAGGUAAUAAUUGUAAAAAAAAUGUAAAAACAUUAUCGUCAAAUAUUUCUCAUGAAAUGGCAUUGCCUUGUAAUUCUGUUAUAUCUAGACAAGUAUGAUUUCUUA